CGAGGAACUCGUCAUCGACGCCCUGCUCGCGUCGCCUACACCGUCUGAACGACGCUUCGGGAUGUCCGAGGACGCGGGCUCCCUGACACUCAAUGUCCCCAGCAGGCCCGCCUUCUUCCGCUCCCCAACCAGCCCCGAUCUCGCAGGCCAGGCGACGCCGCGCAUCCAGCUCCAGACUCUGAAGAACACCCUCCUCGGGUCGCAUGGACGCCCACCAUGGUAUGGCGAAGAUGGCCAACGUAUUUCUGACGCCUUCGUCAUCGGCAUCGCCGGCGGUUCUGCCAGUGGCAAGACCCAUGUCGCCCGCCAGAUCGUACAAUCACUUGGGUCCAUUCCUAGCAUCAUCAUUCUCUCCCAGGAUAGCUUCUAUAAACGCAACUCCCCAGAACAGAUCGUACUCGCACAUGCCAACCGCAAAGACUUUGACCACCCUGAUGCCAUCGACAUGCCCUUGUUUGUUGAUUGUUUAGCGGACUUGAAGCAAGGUCACCAAACAAAUAUCCCCAUCUACUCUUUCUCUGAACACCAACGGCUCGACGAGACAAAGUACCUCUAUGGAGCUGCUGUCAUCAUUACCGAGGGUAUCCUUGCGCUACACGACCCAGCGCUCAGAGCGUUAUAUGACUUGAAGAUUUUCGUGCAAUGCGAUUCCGAUCUUAUGCUUGCUAGACGUAUCCGACGCGACGUCUCAGAGCGAGGAAGGACAGUCGAUGGGGUUCUCGACCAAUAUCUGCGGUAUGUCAAGCCCUCGUACGACAACUUCGUGCUUCCGACCGCCAAGUACGCCGAUAUUAUCGUACCGGGGUCAGAUAACCAUGUCGCGAUCGACCUCAUCUGCACGCACGUGAAGCGUCAGAUGAAGAACCGCAAGAGCCGUUUACGCGCGCAAAUGGCACUUGCUGGCCCACGCGAGCUGUCGUCGCGGCAGUCAAGUCCCUUAAUCCCGACAGAAGAACCAUGGUCAAACCUGAUCAUCACUCCGGACACUCCACAAUUGAAGGGUAUCAUGACUAUCCUGCGAGACAGGACGACAAGUCGCGGGGAUUUUAUCUUCUUUGUUGACAGACUCGCGACAUACCUGAUAGAGAAGGCCAUGGAACACUUGCCGUACCGACCUAGAACCGUCACCACGCCGUGUGAGGUCGACUACCAGGGUGUCGAGCUCGAUGCCGACCUGUGCGGUGUCUCGAUCCUCAGAAGCGGCGGUCCGCUGGAGCGAGGUCUCCGUCGAGUGGUCAACAACGUCGCGAUCGGCUCGCUGCUGAUCCAGUCCGAGCCCAAGACGGGCGAACCCCUGCUCCUGGCCCACGCUCUGCCACAGUGCAUCCGCGAACGCCACCGGGCGAAGCACACCUACGUUUUCCUCCUCGACGCGCAGAUCGGCACCGCCGCGUCCGCGUUCAUGGCGCUCCGCGUGCUGCUCGACCACGGCGUGCCGCAGGAGCACAUCGUCGUCGUCACCUUCCUCGUCGCGCGCUACGGCGGGCUCGCGCUCCUCCGCCGCGUCUUCCCGCGCGUGCGCGUCGUGUGCAGCGCGGCCGACGACUACGUCAGCGAGCGCUGGCUCGCGGUGCUCGAAGCCCCCGCCCAGGGGGGCGCACCGGGCACAGACGUGGGCGCGGUGGGCAGCCCUGCGCUCGCCGACGAGCAGCAGGUGGCGACGCGCGGACGCAAGGUUUGGGUCGUCGAGCCCGGCAUGGGCCACAUCGGCGAUCGAUACUACCUCUGAGGUUGACAUCUGUUACAUUUUACGCUGCUGUCGAGUUCGUGGGGACCGUGUGUGUGUCGCUUAUCGUCGGACAUCGUCGGGAACUUGUGGAGACCAUACCGUAUCUUGCUAAGCUGCUUGGUUUAUUGCC